GUGCGAGCUUGUCGAGGACGCGCAUCGAGCAGCUUCAAGAAAAAUCAUCGACAGAAAUCAAAGAAAUCAGAUCUAAGAAGGAACUUCACCUGAAAAUAACGGCGUUGACCUUUCCUCCUGCAGUGACAUCAUCAGGUAACGGUGACAUCAUCAGGUAACGUGACAUCAUCAGAGGGCGCUGUGACCAUGACCGCCCCUGCUGCUCUCUUCUCAUUGGUCGGCCUGCUGCUCCUGAGUCUGGCGUCCUGUCAGACCGUGACCCUUGACCCCUCGCUGGCCGACCUGACCAGUAAGAACGUGGAGCUGGCGGCCCGGCUGUACCGUGCCGUCUCCAGCCGCUCCGACGACAACGUCUUCCUGUCCACGUUCACGCUGAACGCCGGCCUGCUGGCGCUGCUGAGCGCCGCUAACGGGACGACCCGCGACGAGCUGCUGCAGGAACUCGGCCUGACCGGGACCGACCUGGAGACGCUCCCAGAUCAGUUCCAGAGCCUGAGGACGGCGGUCCAGCCGGCGGGCCUGCAGCAGGGCGUGGCCGUGUUCCCCGCCCAGCCCUUCCAGCUGUCCCAGUCCUACCUGGACCUGCUCCGGAAGUUCGGGGGGAUCGGUGAGAGUCUGAGCUACACCACGCCGCAGGAAGCCGCCAACACCAUCAACCUCUGGGCCGAGGAGGCGACCGGAGACCAGGUCCGGGACCUGGUGGCCAACUUGGACUCUGAGACGCAGCUGCUGCUCGUCACCGCCGCCACCUUCCAGGCCCGGUUCAGCCCGCCCUUCAACGUGUCCAUCACUCAGGACGAGCGUUUCUACGUGGACCGGUACCACGUCGUCAUGGUUCCCAUGAUGUUCCGGGCCGGUAAGUUCUUCCUGGCGUACGACCGCCAGCUGAAGGUCGGUGUGCUGAAGCUGCCGAUGGCGGGCGGGGCGGCCAUGUUGGUGGCGCUGCCAGACGAAGGCGUGGACGUGACAGUGGUGGAAGAAGACGUGAAUGGAGGCACGAUCCAGAACUGGAUCAGACAGCUGAAGAAGACCAAGUUGGAGGUGCAGCUCCCUCGUUUCCUGUUGGAGCGUUCCUACCGUCUCCGCGACGUCCUGCAGACGCUCAGCAUCACGCAGGUGUUCCAGGGCUCCGCCCACCUCGCCAACAUGGGCGGAGCUUCAGGAAUCAAACUCAAUCAGGUUUAUCAUAAAUGUUUCGUGUCUGUGGACGAGACCAGUGAUGAGGUCACGGCGGGGGGCGGAGCCAGCGUGUUCACCUCUCUUCCUCCUCGGCUGACCGUCAACAGACCGUUCCUCUUCGUCGUCUACGAGGAGGCGAGCGGCGGCGUGCUGGCCAUGGGCCGCGUCCUCGACCCGUCCCGCAGAUAAACACGACUCGGUGUGAAAACCUCGGAGCUCCUUUCAGCUGUUUUGUCUCUUUGUGGUCGUUUUCAACCCGUCCCGCCGCCGCCCGCUCCGUACCGCUCGCCCAUCGCUCUGAUAAAGAACAGAACCACAGAUGCAUGCUGGGUAGCUGUGAAGUGAUGAUGUGAGCGGCACGGAGCGCUGGUUAGCAUGUUGCAUCUUUAACAAAUGUUGAUUGCUACCUGAUGUUUGUUUUAUUUACAAACUUACGGUUUAUUACUAUAACAGCUUCAAUAUUUACUCCAUACUAACGUUAAAGUAUACACAGAAUACUGCAGUACUGUUCACAGUAUAUACAGAAUAUUGCAGUACUGUUCACAGAGUAUACAGAAUACUGCAGUACUGAGUCCGUCUCCACCAGAAGGCGGAGCAGUGCAUGCUGGGAGUUGAGGAUGAGCUGUCGGGGGUUAUUAACUUAAUAUUUAUGCACAACAUCAACUUAGUUUUGGCGUUCUGACUGAAGAUGAAUUCUGAUGUUGGUAACAUUACGUGAUAAAAACAUGGUAAUAACUGUUUAAUAACUGUUUAAACUUGACUAUGUGUCUGCUGUGGAAAUAAAAUGGUGGAACUCCAAA